AUCUCAUACUGCUAUUGAGAGACAAACCCGGCGGCCGACGCUCCAAUCAUGGAUUGGUCCCUGAAUACUGGUCAGAAGCUCUUAUUACUUUUCCUCGCCACCGUAACCCUGCAAACCGCUUAUGGGUCCGAGUCCUCUGGGAGCAUCAGCGUGCCGCGGCCUGACUGCAAAAACAAGUGUGGCGACGUCAGCAUCCCGUACCCGUUUGGCAUCGGAAACGGCUGCUUCCAACAAACACCCUUUAAUGUCACAUGCAAUAAGAAGGGGGCAUAUCUGGCCUCAGCUGAUGUUAAGGUAUUGGAAAUCAAUCUUAACUUUGGCGAGGUUCGUGUUCAGAACCCAUACAUAUCAUGGAAUUGUUACAGCACCAACGGCACCAAUAAAACAAGUGAUCUGGAUUUCUUAAGUUUGGAUUAUUUUCAUAAGGUUUCCAACACCAAAAAUAAGUUGACAUAUAUCGGGUGUUCUGAGCUUGCAAUGAUCGUGGGAUACAGCGGCAACCUUCCUAACUUUACUGUCAACUCAUGCUUUUCGUAUUGCGAUUUCGAAGGAGACGUCAAGGAUAGCACAGAGUGCCUUGGCAUGGGUUGCUGCCAAGCCUCCAUUGCAGGAAACAUCAGCCAAUAUUACACCUUUACCACACCAGUACCAGAUAUGUACAACUCUACCAUUUGGUCUUACAGCCCGUGCAGCUACUCAUUUGUUGUUGAGGAGGACUCGUUCAAGUUUGAUCGUUCCUAUGUCCACUCUUCAAGUAAUUUCUUAAGUCAAUACCCAGAUGGGGUCCCUUUGGUAGUCGAUUGGGUUGUUGGUAAUGAAAGUUGUUCAGAAGCCAUCAAGAUGGGACCACAGUAUGCUUGCCAAGCCAGGAAUAGUUCAUGCGUUGAUGUGUCUAAUGGCCCGGGUUACCGCUGCAAUUGCUCUCGAGGUUACGAGGGUAAUCCCUACCUAAAAGAUGGGUGCCGAGAUAUCAAUGAGUGCGAACCUCCAAAUCAGUCCUCGUAUCCUUGCAAAGGUCAUUGCGAAAACACAGAUGGAAACUACACCUGUUCAUGCCUAUCAGGACUCAGCAGCGACGAUCCAAAGAGCAUAGAAUGCGUUAAAGCUGACACAAACACAGGCUACACAGCUCGGAACAUGGCCAUAGGCAUAUCCGCCAGCAUCAUCUUCCUCAUGGUCUGUAUCUUCGCUCUGCAUGCCGAGUAUCAGAAAAGGAAGCUGGAAAAAGAGAAGGAAAGAUUUUUCGAUCAGAAUGGUGGUCAAAUAUUAUACCAUCAAAUUAUGUCAAAACAAGUCGACACAUUGAAGAUAUACACGCAAGAAGACCUGAAGAAGGCUACAAACGAUUUUGACGAGAGCAGAGAGCUGGGUAGGGGCGGUCACGGCACCGUCUACAAGGGCAUUCUCAAGGACAACAGGGUGGUAGCCGUGAAGCGCUCAAAGCUCAUGAAUGUUGCCGAAACCAAUGAAUUCGUACAGGAGAUUAUUAUACUUUCACAGAUCAACCACCGGAAUGUGGUCAAGCUUCUUGGGUGCUGCUUGGAGGUGGAGGUCCCCAUACUGGUCUAUGAAUUCAUCUCGAACGGCACUGUCUUUGAGUUCAUCCAUGGUAGUCGUAACAACUACGAAAGCCCGCCUCCCUCGCUGGACACACGUCUCAGGAUUGCUCAAGAAUCAGCGGAAGCACUGUCCUAUCUGCAUCUGUCCACAAACCACCCUAUUGUCCAUGGAGAUGUCAAGUCCAUGAACAUUCUCCUAGACGACAACUACAUGGCGAAAGUGACAGACUUUGGGGCGUCAAGGACUCUCCCGAAGGAUGAGGUUCAGUUCAUGACAUUGGUCCAAGGCACCCUGGGUUACCUGGACCCUGAGUACCUGCAGGAGAGGCAGCUCACGGACAAGAGCGACGUUUACAGUUUCGGGGUCGUGCUGCUGGAGCUGAUCACGGGGAAGACGGCGAUCUACCACGACGGCCCCAAGCAAGGCAAGAGCUUGGUGUCAUUCUUCAUGCUCGCGAUGAAGGAGGGGAACCUCGAGGGCAUCCUUGACGCGAGCAUAGUGCACGCUGGGAUGGAGACACUGCUCGGAGAAGUCGCCGAGCUGGGGAGGAUGUGCUUGGCCGCUAGUGGCGAAGAUAGGCCUUCCAUGAUCCAGGUGGCCGACAAGCUGAAGGCCCUACGAAGCACCUGGAGGAAAAAACUGGUGAUAGAGCGUUCGUUCGUGGGCUUGUCAUCUGCAGCUUCGGCACCUUGGUACCCUCCACCGUCGAGUACAUGCUCGACGGUGCCGCACAUGACUGGAAUAGGUAUUGACACACCCAGAUGAUAGUUUCAAUUGAUUAUUGCACCAUGCUAGUGAGAGGCUUGGAGCUUCGGGUCUUAAUGCUAUCCGUGGUCGUCCUGUAUUUGUGAACUAUUAUUGUAUGGACGUGGUUGCUUUAUUUAUAAAACGAGGCAAAAUACUAUUUUGAGAGUGUUAAUAUAGAAGUUGGAAUUUGGUUAUUACAAGAUGUAUAUCGUAGUUUUUGUAAUGCCGGCAUAGU